AUGGCAUCUCCCGCAAGUCCAGCGGCCGCCGCGCCUUGGCGAAAGUUAUUCCAGGACCAUCUCUCAAAGAUGACAAGUCGUGAAAUGGCCCUCGCGACCAUAUCGCGCGCUCCGCAAGGCCAAUGGGUGCCGCGCGUGCGAUAUGUUGGAUUUCGCGCAUUCUGGGGCCAGCCGGAACUGCACCCCGAGGCGGAGAAGCAGCUUAAAGAGGAGGAUGAGUUGAAUCCGUUGAUUUUCGAAAGUGAUAUGCUCACGUUCACGACCGAUGUCAGGAUGGAGAAGACGGGUCAGCUGGUGGGGUCUGAGGGCGUGGUCGAGACGGUUUUUUGGGCGAAAGAGGCCAAGAACCAAUGGAGGAUCAAAGGGAGGGCGUUUGUUAUUGGAGCUUCAGCGGAAGAGGGAGGGGAAUUGGAGGCGAGGGAGGAGAUUAAGAAGGGGAUGAGGUUGAGAGAUGCAGGUGGUACGGCUGUGGGAGGAGAAUGGAGCUGGGAGAAAGAGAUUACUACGUAUUUUGCGAACCAUACUCCGGUUAUGAGAGGUUCUUUCAGAAACCCACCACCAGGACAUCCUGUUACUGAAGUCCCAAGCGAUCCAAAUAUCAAGUUGGGUCAGAAAGUCCACGACCUCCAUGAUCCCACAGCCAGGAAGAACUUCCGUGUCGUUGUCAUUCGCCCAGAGGAAGUCGAGCGACUGGAUCUCAAUGACUACGAGAAACCAAGACGGUUCCAGUGGAACUCUAUUGGAGAUUACGGUGAGCAAGGGAAACGGUGGGUUGAGACGGAGUUGUGGCCUUAA